ACCCAUGGAUAUCGGCCGUAUUAUUGUUCAUCGCCGUCUGUCCGGCACUCUCCACUUCGUUUUCCUUUUGCUUCGACUGUUGCCCUCUGUUGCUAUUUAGUAUUGAUCAUAUUCUUUGCCGGAUGCGUUGGCGUCGUCUACGUAAUUGAACUUCGAUUUGCUCUUGGCGUGCCUUAUCCGUUGCUCCCCUGCCAGAAAGUGAGGAAGAGAAUCGAUCGGUUCUACUCGCAUCAGAGCGUGAGUUGCUGCUUUUGUUGAUUUGUUCCAUGCGGUUGCUGUAAAAGCACCAGGACCUCAACGAUCUUCUUAAUUGACCCGCUUUCGCGGCCCUCAGAUGUGCAGAUACUGACGAUGGCCGAGUGCUGAUGCUCUCGCUCGUCUCUCGUCGACCCGGUGGGCUGAUCUUCCCGUUUGGCAAAUACUUGCUGUUCUCCCUGUUAACGCUGUGUCACCAGUUCAUCCUCCCGUUCAACUUGUCGCUCGCUUGUCUUCCCACACCCUAUAUAUCUCCAGCGCUGCUGCUUUUUCAUCCAACAACCUCCGCCAGCUAUAUACGUUUCCUACUUGCCCCUCACAUGUGACCGUGAUUCGUCCGAACCAAGCUACGUGACGUCCACCAAAACAGCUUCGGGGUCAGCUUUUUUUCGAGUGUUCUAAGCUCCCAGACAGCGUAAUAUGGCGAUGAUUGUGGUCCAGCAACAUCCAGUUCAACACUCUUCGACUCCCCCUCCCCUUCCCUCCGCCCUCAGCCUCAGUGGUUCCGCACCGAGAGCCCAAACGCCGAUACCAAAUAAGCACCUCCCAGUUUGCCCCACAGGUCCACCUCCUGCAAGCUCCAAGGUCCCAGCUCCAUCCAUAUCGACAACAAAGCCUGUGAAGACAUUUCUCUAUCCUCCCACCAAGUUCCCAAAGGUCUAUGAUAAUCCUCCGGUCUACACCAUCGACGCAGACCAAUUGGCUGCGGCGCUCGACGAGGCGUCCACGCGAGCCCUACCGGAACCCAACAAAGUUUUUCCAUGGCUGCACGGUUUACAUCCAGACAACCAGAUCCAAUUGGCGUUCUUCGUCCCAAGGCGGAGGACCCUGCGACGUAUACCGAAAUGUUUGAGGAGUAUAGUCAUUGUCAAGGUGGGCGGAGAACUGGCCAGUUCAAGGGUCAAAGGGGCAGUGGCACCCGGUGAGAUCAUCAAUGGCUCUACAUUCCCCGACCCGGACCCGCCGGUCGGAUUCUCGGUGCGAAAUUUCCAAAUUCAGACCGCCAAACUCGCUCCCAUUUCGGACAUUAUCCUCUACGGAGAAGAUGGUGUCAGGCCCGCCCAGGUGCUAUCUUUGGCUAAAGAGAUCUCGUCAGCUCAGGAAGCAUGGAGGCACAGGUUCGACCCUGGAGAGGAGCUCCGCCUCGUGAACACCUUUGUUCUAUCAACGCCCUUCCACCACCUUGAACAGCAACAUCCUGAAUUGGUGGCCGUUCGCUCCGAUGGGCAGGUCAACGAUGGGCUGAUGGAUUUCUUCCGCUGGGAGAGAAUAGAGAUGUGUAACAUGUCUCACCCAUCAGAAAUAUCGGAAAACGUUUACCUUGGCUUCACGCCGGAGCUCUCCUCAAAUAACGGGCUGGAGGCAGGUUUUGACCUCAUGAUCGAGGCCCACGAUGUUGCCAAUAUACCGGACCCACGAUAUCUAACCAAAGUCACGGCUCUCCUUGAAUCUGGGCCCCAGAGCAUAGAAUUUCCCUCAUCUGGAAGUCUCAUAGCAUCGGAACUGAGCCAGGUUGAAGUGUUUGACAUCAUUGACACCUGCAGAUGGAUCUACCAUAUCACACACUCACAGGGAUCGGAGCAAAUGCAAGACCAAGCAAGAGUCGAAUCUGACGGAGAUAUUCAGAUGAUCACUCUGGGUCCUCGCCCUAAGAAAGUUUUGAUCCAUUGUGCUGAUGGGUACACUGAGAGUUCCCUUCUAGCUAUAGCAUAUUUCAUGUUUGCCGAGGGUGUGCCGGCUCACGAAGCAUGGCUAAGGCUACAUUGUGAGAAGAAGAGGAACUUUUUCGCGUAUCCUUCGGAUGUCACAUUUUUGACAACUAUACAGCACCAGUUAUUGCGCGAAAGCCCUGCUGCGAAAGCGGCGAGGCUUAUCAAUCAGCCUGACCCUGGCUGGAUGGCGCGGCUGGAUGGCUCCCUUCCCAGUCGGAUAUUGCCGUAUAUGUAUCUGGGUAACUUGACACAUGCGAACAAUCCUGAGUUGUUGAAAGCCUUGGGGAUUGGACGUAUACUGAGCAUCGGAGAGCCGGUAUCCUGGCCGGAAACGGAGCUUAUGAGUUGGGGUUCAGAGAACCUAAUGAUGAUAGACGACGUUCAAGACAACGGUAUAGAUCCUUUGACAAAGGAGUUUGAUCGAUGUUUGCAAUUUAUCGAGAAAGGAAAAUUGGACGGCACUGCUGCCUUGGUCCAUUGUCGUGUUGGCGUUUCGAGGUCGGCGACUAUCUGCAUUGCAGAGGUGAUGGCGUCACUGGGGUUGUCCUUUCCCCGAGCAUACUGCUACGUUCGUGCUAGAAGAUUAAACGUCAUUAUCCAACCACAUCUGCGAUUUGUCUACGAACUUCUUAAAUGGGACGAGCAUCUCCAGCUAAAACGUAACCAGCCCAUCCGACGUGAGCUAGAAUGGACGACGAUUGCGCGUGAGAUAGCUCUCAUGAAUAAGCCGUACUCGAGACAAUAGAAGGCGUCCGAGCGUAAUAUUUGUCAUUUUUAAUUGCUUUAACGACUAUCGCGGACGCACUAUGAUGAGGAAUAUGAUCUUUCUCCCCCCUUUUUUGUUUUCAUGAUGGCUGACUUCGGUAUUUUAUAUAUUUAUAUGGCGGGAAUGUAUGGGUCUUCUACCUCUUUUUCCUUUUUUACCCCUUUUUCUGAUCUGCCAGACUUUCUUCUAUCUUCUCCUCUUCUUUCUUCUCUUGUUAUUUUCUACGAGGUCGGAGAUCUAUGAUUUUUUAGCUGGACUGGACUGGACUGGACAGGCACUUGUUUGGAGUCGAGGGAUCGUAUCGAUUAAAUCAAACACAGACACACGAACUAACUACAGAGGAAAUGGGAGAAUACAUUACACGGAAAUAUAUGCUGGUACCAAUGAGAGAGACACUGAGAAAUAUGAACCUUUCCAUUUUUUUGGUUAUCUUCCCUUUUCCUUUUCCCCUGUUUUGCUUUUUCUUUUUUUUUCCCCUCGCGUUUCUCUCUCAAUUUGGACGUGUUGUCUAAAAUUAGCAGGCUCAAGAAUCAAAUCUCUUUUUUCAUCAUCUC